AUGAUUAAUAAUUGUUUUUGUCAUACUAACAUUCUUCCUGUUACUACUAAUAAGAAUACUUUUAUAAAUGAUGAUAUUAUAGUUUAUAUUGAUAAUAACGAUAUAUUAAGUAAACUACAGCAAAAUAUAGAUGCUCUUCAUUUACAAAAUACUAUGAAUAUUGAUGAUUUUAUUAAUUAUCAUGAGGAAGAUAUUACUAACGGAAAUGAAAUUCUUAGUGAUCAAGAUAUUGUAAAUCUCACAAAUCAUUCAGACGAACCUCAAGAUGAAGAGGAACCAGAUAAUAGUAUUGAAAUGUGUAACUAUAUACAUAAAGAAGCACUUGAUGCACUAGAUCUAAUUACUCAAUAUCUUUUACAACAGAGUGAUGAUAUGAUGGAGUAUAUCAAAAUGAUUUCAAAAGUUAGCCAAGCAACAAGAAAUGCAAGAAACAACUCAUUGCAGCAAGCUAAUAUAAAUUCAUUUUUUAUCUCUAGUAGUAAUAGAGAUAAUGAAAUGAUAGAAGAGAUGAAUUUUAUGUUAGAAAUAAGUGAAGGCUCUUUAUUAUCUAAUAAAGAUUUUUAA